UUUGACCCUCAGGCCUUCCUGCCUCUGUUGAAACAAGCUGCGUCUAGAGGAGGACCCGGCAUGAGCAUCCAGAGGCAAGCGGUCAUCAACAUGGCGGCUCUGCUGGGUUCUGUGGAGCUCAACUGGGGCGACCGGUCCAACAACAUCAAGUGGUACCCCUACAGGACGUCCAAGAGCGCCCUGAACAUGGUGAGUCGCUGAGACCCGGAGCCUGAAGGGAUCCUCUGUAUGGUCAUAUAUCCUAGCUGGGUUCGCACCGACAUGGGGGGUGCUGAGGCCUCACUGAGUGCGGAGGAGAGCGUCUCUUCCCUCCUGUCUGUGAUUGGAGGACAGACUGAAAAGGAUCAUGGGUCGUUUCUCAACUUCACUGGGGAGAUUUUGCCCUGGUGAUUCCUUUUUCAUCAGCACGUCCAGCCGAUCCUGAUGGCUAUAUAUUUUGAUUAUGAUCGUCUAAUG